AUGGCCGCCGAAUCAGCCACAACGGAGACUGUCGAAAAGAAGGAGAGCGGCGAGGAGAUUAAAUUGAAACAAAACGGAGAUGUUCAGGUGAGGCGAUUACGGGUAAAAUUGUGUAAAAUUUGUUUGAUUCGCGUCAGGUGCCGACAGAGUCUGAGCAAAAGAGGGAACAGGAGGAGGAUGAGCCGGCGCCAGCCAAGAAACGGGAUGCGAAUGCGAACGAUGAAGAGGAACUAGAGGAGCAGGAGCAAGGUAAGGCCUUCAAGUGCAAAAAGGCAAGAAAGAGAAGUUGCACCAGUUAGUUUUGUACCAAAACGGUCAUUUGCUUGAGUGUAGCGCGCUCUUGCACUGCGCCGCACGCACAGCUUUUUCACUGCGACUCCAGGGCGCAUAUAUUCUGGCUCACCGCUGCCAAAUAUCAAACAUGAGAACAUCAGUUUUUGCAGAAGAAGGCGGCGAAGAAGGCGAAAAGAAUCUGGACGACGAUCAAAAUGUGGAGAAUCCGGCGUAUAUUCCGAAGACUGGAAGAUUCUACAUGCACGACGACGGCCGCCUCGGAGACACCGUUCAACAUCCCGAUCUGGAGGCGUGAGUUUUCAGCUUCGAAGAGCACAAAAAUUUUUGGCAUUUUGCAGUGAGGAUCUACGGAAAGCGAUGAAAAAGAGCCGCGCGGACGGCGACUGGAAGCACGAUCGAUUCGACGAGAAGUUUCAGCGACCGAAGACGAAAAAGCAGAUUGUGACCAAGUACGGAUUCGAUAUUCGGCACAAAGAGGGCGAGACGGAGGAGGAGGUGCCCGAGUCGACGGAGGAAGAGUCUUCGGAUGCAAAGGCCGCGGCGCGGCCGCAGAAGGAUCGGAGAGUGGCGACGAGCAAUCCGACAAAGGGCGGAACGAGACGGCCGAUGAAGCAGAGGGAACGGGAGGAUACGGUCGACGAGUCGGAGGGCGGAGAAGGCGGAGAAAAAGAGGAAGAGGAGGAAGAGGAGACUCGGCCGGCACAGAAGAGACAGGUCAAGAUUCAGCAGCAGCAGCCGAGGGAGGAGAAGCCGCCCAGAAAGCCAAGUGAGUUACCGUCGAUUCAGAGCGAUUCAUCUUAGUUGCCGGUAGAGAUAACAAAAAAUUGUCAACAGAGAGAAUGUGCACAAAGUCCUUCUGAGCAUUUCCUUAGUUGACAAUUUUUCGAUAGCUCUACAGGCACACGGCGCGGCUUUCACAACAUACGCAGCCAAAUAGUAUGCAUUUUUGCGCGUCGGUGUGGCUCUGCGUACAGUGCAUUUUAUGUUGCGCGCAAAGUUCAUUUUUUUUAGUUGUUGAUGAAUUUUCUCCAAAUAUUCAUCUCUUUAAAGCGUUUUUCUCUGCUUUCUACCGCAUUUAGACUUUUUCACAGAUUCCAGAUGAUGUAAUACGCGAAAAGAAGUCGAUGCGAUGAAAAGAAACGCGUAAGUAAAUGGAAGUAAUGUUUUAUUCAGAAAAUAUACGAUUUCUCGAAAAACGUCUCUAGAUCUUGUAAUCUUUUGAUUUAAAAAGUUCACUAACAUGACUGUGAAUGUCUUCGAAUCAAAAAAAGUAGAGUGGCAGCUCGCUUUCGCGUAAAAAUUGGUUUUUUGCCGGAAAACAGUGUCAUUUCGUUGAAAAAAAUUGUUUUCUCAAAAACCGUCUCUAGAUUUUCUACUUUUUUGUUUAAAUAGUUCACUUACAUGACUGUGAAUGUUUUCAAACCAAAAAAAAUUAGAGUGACAGUUCGUAAAAGCAAAAAAAGGUUUUUCCGCAAAAGCGAGCUGCCACUCUACUUCUUUUUGGUUCCAAAAUAUUCUCAGUAGUGUAAGUAGCGUUUUUUAACUAAAAGAUUAGAAAAUCUUCGAGAAAUCGUGCAUUGUCUGAAUAAAACCUUGCUUUCACUUACUUACGCGUUUCUUUUCAUCGCAUCGACUUCUCUUCGCGUAUUACUUCACCUGGAAUCUGUAAAAAGGUCUAAUUGAGUUAGAAAGUGGAGAAAACGCUUUAAAGAGAUGUAUAUUUGGAGAAAAUUCAUCAAAAACUAAAAAAAAUGAACUUUGCGCGUAACAUAAAUUGCACUGUACGCAGAGCAACACCGACGCGCAAAAAUGCACAGACUGAGGAACAAACGUUUGGUGAACGUCGCUAAAGCCGCGCCGUGAGGCAGCUGAGAUAUAUCGCCUUGCAACAACGUGGCUAUCGCACGGCGACGAUUUUGCAGAACAAGCCGCGCCGGCAACGAGCGAAGAAGGAGAGGCAGAAGAAGAAGAAGAGGACGAGGACCGCGCGAUCCGACGCGGACAACGACGAACGGUUCCGGUGCGUCGUGGCACCGGCGUCGGUCCGACCUCGCGUCUACGCGGCCGCAUGAGUCACCCGCUCGCGCCGCCGCGCCGAUCUCCCGGCGGAGCAGCAGCAGCACCGCCACGCGGACCACCGAGGAACGGCCGUGAGGAAGCACAUCGGUCGCCGGCCUCGCGAGCACCCGCGUACCGACGCGACUACAGUAAUACGCACGCGGAUCGGCACGACGAUCGCUUCGAGAAUCAUCGGCGCGGAGUGAUCCGGGGAGCGUCGCGCGGCGUGCAGAGCCGCGGAUUCUCGACUCGUGGCGGAGCGGUCCGGGGAUCUUCAGGACCUUCCAGGGGCCACAACGGUUUCGCGACAAGACCCCAGGGAUCGGCGGCGGCGAGAAGAACGGAGACGUCGGAGCAGAGCGAGGGCUAUCAGCGCGGAUCGGGCACCGACUUCUCUUCGCCCCGUUCACAACAUCAUCCAGCGACGACACGUGGCACCUCCUCCACGUUCCCCGCACCGUCCGGAGGAGGUGCGUAUCGUGGCGGAUCGGCGCCGCACCCGUCCGCCAACGUCUACCCGCCACGUGGCGGAUAUUCGAACGGUGGUGGCGAGUAUGUGCCACGUGGCGGUUAUCAUGGACAUGCACACCCGCCUCCACCACCACCACCGCCACAACACCACCACCAUCAUCACAACAACAAGCGAUUCGUGCAGCCGGGACCGCCGCCUCCGCAGUCGAUGGGACCGCCGAUGGUCGGCGUCGGAGUGGUGCCGCCGCCGCAAAUGACACGUGGCGCCACGCAUGGAGGACAUGGCGGACAUGGCGGACAUGGCGGCGGUCAGCAGAGGAUCCGGCAGCCCACCGACGUCGUCUAUUUCGAUCCGCAACAGCAGCAGGUGAGGAAAAAGUGUGCCAUGGCCUAGAAAACGUGUGUUUGUUGAGUCAUCAGUUUGACCAGACUGUUCGGGCUCCACAACGAUCUGUUCAGGCGGCCUAGGCCUAGUUUUCAUGUUCCGAAACCCUAGAAAUCCAAAUUUUGUCGAGUCUUGAGUCUGAUCAGAGUUUUAGGCGUCUAAAAGGCAGAGUUGCCACGGGCCGGGCCGAAAUUUUCAAAACUCCGGCCCGGCCCGGCCCGGUCGGCCCGGUUCAAAAAGCGGGAAUCCAAAUUUUGAACUAUUGAUUAAAUAAAAUGGUUGUUUUUCGUAGAACUAACGAAUUUUGCAAGUAUCGAGCAUAAAAAAGAAAUGUAGUUCUCAAAAAUAGUUUUUAUUGGCAUCAAAGCAAAAAAUUGAAUCCGAAAGUUGGAAAAAAAUGGCUAAAGAGCGCGCGCGACCGUAAUGCCGGAGUGUCGUAGUUUUUUUUUUAAUUUUGAUCCCCGCAAAAAAAAAACGAAAAAAUAGAUUUUUUAUAGAUUUUCUGUUGCGUACCCUAGAAAACUCGCCGGUGGCCUAGAAAUAACCGCAGUUCUCGUCCAAAAUGCGCAAAUUUUUCAGAGCAAUCGUCAACUGCCGCCACGAUCGAAAAAAGUGAUUCCGAUUGUGGACCCGAAGGACCAGAAAUGA